ACCCCUUCUGAGGCUUGAUACGGGUGCGACUCCUCGGAUGAUGAUGAUUGGCAGUAUAUCAUUGAAGCGGAAUGGACUAUGGAAUGUCCAUCGGUCAGCCGCCACUGCCACUUAUAUUAAGGCCAAUCUCAGUGCGCUAAGACCCUGAAGCACAACUGCAGGGCUUAUGUAAGGACACGCCCAGAAAACAAGAUCACCGUGGUAGAACCAUUUGGACCCAGCGGUUCUUAUGGAGCCCAUUCAAGCGUUCGAGACAUUCAAAUAGCUAUGUAUGAAACGCUGGGCGCUUCGGCGGCAAGCGCCACUCGGCAACACCCGGGCCCAAGUCGAGAUUCCACUAAAAUGUCGCAAGUCAUACCAACCUCAGAGCUUCGCGCGUCACUAGAAAAGCACAAUCAGAUAUUUGAAUCGCUUCUUAGGCUUAUUCCAGCACGAUUUUACCUAUCCUAUAGGCCAUUUCAGGAUACUGAAAACAUUAAGCGCAUUCAGAAUGAAGGGACGAGUCAGAAGAUGAGUAGUGGUGCGAAAAGGGGACCUAAGGCCAGGAAGCUCGAUCCGAACAAUCACAAAACCGUCAUUGAUAUCCAGGAAAGCUUGGCGGAGUCAUUGCACGCGACCAGGCGGAAAAACCCUUCCAAAAGUAGGAAAGAAAAGGACCUGGGUGUGUCUCGGACUGACGCAGACAAUUCAGACGACGCCAUGGAUGACGACCCUCGGGAUACGCAGUCUGGCAAUGUGACAGAGCUUCAUGAAAGAUAUCGUUCUCGGCUUGCUUCUUUCCGCAAGGAGAGAGGCGAGGUUGACGAUGACGAUGAUGGAACCGGGGUGAAAAAACGAGAAGAACGGGAAAAGACAAGGAAGGCGAGGAAGGAGAAAAAGGAAAGGAGAAAGAAGCGAGAAAGAGAAAAACGUUCCGCAACUAAAGUGCAACUUGUGGUGCCUGAGCCAGAUAAGCAUCCUAUAGAAAAGGACAAUGAGGCAAAUGUUACGUUCUCAGCCAUUCCAGACCAACCAAACCCGAAGCAUCACAAGAGAGUAGUCACCACUUCCAAUCCCCAUCAAGCCCUCGCUCAAAUUACUGCUCGGGAAAAGAAACUUGCUUCAUUGCCAGAGGAGAAGCGAGCUGAGAUAGAGGGGAAGGACAAACUUGUUAAAGCCCAAAUGCGCCUCGCUGGAGUGAAGGUCAAAGACGAUGUUGAGAAACUGAAGAAGUCUAUUACACACAAAGAGCGUGCAAAGGCAAAGAGCGCGAAAGAAUGGGAGGAGCGCAAGAAGAAUCUAAUCAAGGAACAGGCUGUAAAACAACAGAAACGCUCCGACAAUAUCGCAAUGCGGAAUGAUCGUCGAAAAGAAAAGCGACUUCACCUCAAGUCGAAGGCGAAGGGUAAAGCUCUUGAUAAGAAAUCUUCAUCAAGUGGGAAGCCCAAAACCAAAAAGGCUUGAGACCCUCCAACCAACUGGCUGCCUCGAACAAUUACAACCAUUCACAACUCCAACGUAAUCCGCUAUAUGCAUGCUUUUUACCAUUCCGGUCUCACGAAAAUCACGUAUUGUUUGCAACACUUAUUCGGUCAGCAGCCGGAACUACUCCCGGCUCACCCCAGCCUUGACGGAAGUGAUAUAAUAUCUUUCGUAUUGUCAUCGGUAGCAGCGACGGUGCCUGGUCAUGAUGAAUGUCCCAGGCACUCUUUCAUCCCCUCCACGUGUUUUCAGUUCCCUCCCUCG